GAUGMGRGGCUGUUUGCAGCCAUCGUUGCGUUCAACUUCUGUAAAGUUUUUCAACACAUAUUCACGAAGUCGCUGUUUCAAACUAAAUGACUUGCUAGACAGCAAGGGAGAGAUUAAAAAUGGGCACGUCAUAUUAGGUUUUACCAAAGAUGGCUGUCAUCUUAUCUCAUACAGUCUUGAAAUUGAUACUCGACUAGACCUGCCACAACCUCUUUACUCCUACACACUGCACUGGUGGUGGUUUAGAUACUGUAAACCUCUUGUCAAGGUUCACAGUGUUCCGUUGUUCAGCAAUCAUGAUGUUUAURAUGCCUUGCAUCUUAUUAUAUCGCAAAGUCUUGAUGAAAAACAGCUCAUUAUCUGGGGACGAAGUUCACCCUCACAAGAACAAAGCUGUCGAUGUUAUGUGACUAUAUGUGCUGCGGUGUCAUCUAAGACAUGUAAUGCAUGCCAACUCUCCACAAAUGAAAAAUGCCUUGAGCAUUCCUUUUCUGUUCAUUUUACCUACGAGACSUUGCCUCCAUAUCCUGUUUUCUUGCCAUCUGUCUCAUUGUCCAUCCCUGGAAUUGUUUUAUUCAACUGUGGAGAUUCUCUUGUUGCUAUGAAGUGUUCGCCAUGUUUACAGUCCAGCCAUAUUGAWGCUGCUAUGCAAGACUUUGCACCAAAUAUAUCAAACARSAAUGCYUCUAGUGAACAAYGUAGUAUGUGGCAUGAAGCAGUGMAUGUUGAAAAUACUGACAACAGUGAUGAUGAUCAGUUGACURCAAAACAAUAUAGGRAUCUUGACGAUAAUGGAUUUGGUUUUGAGAACAGACAAAGAUGUAAUGAUUCAYUUGAUAAUCAUAUUGAUUURUUGAACAAGCAACAKUGCAAAUUAGAUAGUGCUUCUAGUCCUUUGAAUUCUCCACAGUCUGUAGCAGACAAUACAGCCAGUAGGAUACCAAUGUAUAGUCCAUGGAAUCCAGUCAAGGACAUCAAUUCCAACACUAGCWGUAGUCAYACCAACUAUUCAUACAAAGUCUACUACAAGACAGACUCAGAGGAUGUAUUUGAUGAUUGCGAUGACAUCAUUAAUCAUGAAAUACCAGUCAACUUAUUAUCAAAYAAUCAACCWCUCUCUUCCUGUGAUACCAUAUAUGGUGUGACAGAACCGUCUGUGCUGGUCUGCCAGGCCUUUCUGGAUAUGGAGGAAUGUAUUAACGAUUUGAUUCAGUCACAUGAGGAGUUGCGUGACAGGUAUAAGUCAUUGCGUGACUAUGAUUGYCAAUUGCUAAGUGUUUGUCCAGAAGGUGAAGUCAUUGUUAUGGUCAAUGUUCUUGUUAAUGCUAAGAGAAAACUGAGUUGUCAUUCUUAUGGCCUUCAGGUCAGUCCAAGCCCUGGGCUUCAUCAAACAGGAUUCGUAUUUUCUUGGAAUAUCUGGAAUGGACAAUAUCGGACUCUACAUUACAUGGAUGUAGAGGAUCAUCCUAGUCAYGGYUUUACCAAGUCAGAGUCAAGUAUGGAAAAGGCCAGAUGUUUGAGAAARGAUACAGCAAUYCCAGUGGGGUUUAGAUCACAAGUUCGCGURUUUUCCAAUCAUACUGUUUUCUCUGAUAAAUCCUUGAAAUAUCUUUUACAUCCUUUUCUCCCUAUUGUCCUUGUGUUGUAAUACAAUAUCAUUGCUUACAGAGCAGGARAUCUUUUCGAUUUUUAGGAGAAUGUAGGAUUUUGGGCUUCCGGCUUUGACUGAAUUUGUCCAUAUUAUGAAUGUGCGAA